CAUAACCCAACUUUGUUUUCUUCCUGUCAAAGCUGUUUAUUUUAUGGAAAAUAAUAACAAAUAAUUUCGAAAAUGUCCCGUUCAACAAGAUUCGAUACGAAAAAGGUGAAUUCAGAGCUCGUCACCCUUACAUAUGGAACCCUCGUAGCCCAAAUGGUAAAAGACUUGGAUAAUCCAGACGAUGUAAGCAAACAGUUGGACAGAAUCGGAUACAAUAUGGGUAUCCGCCUCAUAGAAGACUUUCUUUCCAAAACGGGAACUGGUCGUUGCUUGGACCUGAAGGAUACUGCCGAUAAAAUCCAAACAGCCUUUCGACUCUAUUUAGGAGUACAACCAAAUGUGGUAAACUGGAGCCCCGCAGGAGAUGAGUUUUCAUUCAUUUUAGACUCAAAUCCCCUUACCGAAUUAGUGGAACUCCCUGAAGAUUUAAAAUCAUUAAAAUAUUGCAACAUUAUUUGUGGAGCAAUUAGAGGUGCUUUGGAAAUGGUCCAACUUGAUGUACAGAGUUGGAUAGUUCAAGAUCAGUUAAAGGGAGAUCAAAAUACUGAAAUCCGGGUUAAGUUUAUAAGAAGGUUAGAGGAUGCAAUGCCUGCAGGAGAAGAUUAAUAAUGUAUUUAACGAUUAUAUUGUGUAAUACUUAUUUAUAAAGUUUCGUUAUAGACUAUAUUUGCUUGGAUAUAAUGUAUAAUUAAAUUAGUUUUAAUUCAAUCAUA